GUGCAGCCAGCACGUCGGAGUGAGGAGCACUAGUGGUUCGGAGCGCGCUCGGUGCUCUUCCGUUUUUUUUCGUGCGGCCCAGCAGAGAACGUCGGCUUGCGUUGUGAGUAACAUUGCUUCGGUUCUCACUGUGUGCUCCUGAUGAUCAGAUGAUCUAACGCUGCCGUCCUCGAACGCGGCGCGCCGAUCUGAUUAUUCUUGCUGCAGUGUUCCGCACGUGCGUCCUUUUGGGCUCCAGGUCUUGCUUUGUUUCGAUUUUUUUAUUGUUGAUGUUGCGCGCCCGCGCGGGCGCGAUGGGCUGCAGUGAGGCGGAGGCGCCUGGGCUCCGGCACAUGUCCCCUCCCUCGGGCGGGACCACCGCGAGCGAGCUGCUGUCGCCGUUCCUUCCAGCGGCACGCCCGCGGCCAUCGGCUCCCGCAGGCGCGCUCCGCAGCUACUGGAGCUCCUCGGAGGAAUCCGCCGGAAGCUGCGCCGCGAGCAGCGGUUCGUCCAGCCCGCCGACGCCCUUCCGGCGCCCCGCGGCCCGCCGGAGGAACAGCCAGGUGUGCUGCAAGGCGCCGUGCGCCGAGGUGGCGUCCGCCAGCAGCGCGGCGGCCUGCGACACCGCGACGCCGCGCACGUCCACGCUGUCCGUGGCCUGGGAGGAGGAGACGGCCUCGGCGCCGUGCGCGCCCAGCGACGCGGGCUGGCCGUGCGCGGUGGCGUGGGCGCCCGAGGGCCCGCGGGGAGGCGACGCCGUCCGCGUGGCCGCCCGCGUGCGGCCGCCCUCUGCGGCCGAGGCAGACGACGACCUGUGCCUCCACUGCGGGGCGGACGGGAAAUCCUGCACGAUAAGGGUGGACAGAUCAUCUCGGAGGCGGGAGCUGACCUUUGGCUUCGACAGCGUGUUUCCGCCGGCCGCCACCCAGGAAGAAGUCUACGCUGCUGUUGCGCAGCCUAUCGUCGAUUGCGUCCUGAGUGGCUUCGACGGAGCCAUCCUCGCCUACGGCCCAACAGGCUCGGGCAAGACCCACACGAUGCUGGGCCCCCGGGCGCUCCUGCUUCCAAGGUGUCGGCGCAGCUGCGGGCCCCGCGGACUUCGGCAUCGUGCCCAGGGCCCUGCAGGAGCUGCUCGGCGCCGCCACGGGGCGGCGCGUGUGCGCCUCCUAUGUGGGGCGAGCUCUCGCCCAGCACGAGGCAAUGGCCCUCGUCACCGCCGCGCGAGCGCGUCCAGCUGCGACGCUGACCUCC